AUGGAAGCCGAGGAGCAGGAGGCGAAGGCCAAGCUUGAAGCCAACCUCAUGACGAUUGGCAAUAUCCUGCAUGAAUCUGUGCCCGUUAGCGACGACGAGGCCAACAAUGUUCUCGUGCCAACCGACAUUGUCGAGUUUAAGAAGGGUGUUGCAGCUUCAGAUGGAAGGGGCUUCUAUUUGAUAGAGGAAGGUACCCUCCUGAAUGAGGCACUGCAAGCUUUCCUGAGAAAACGAGGCUAUAAGGCGAUCCGUACUGCACAUAUCAUGACGAAGGAAGCCAUGGGAAAAUGUGCUCAGCUAUCACAAUAUGACGAGGAGCUUUACAAAGUGGAAGGAGAAGGGAAGUUCUUUAUCGCCACGGCGGAACAACCAUUGGCCGUCCUUCAUCAAGGUGAGCAGUUUCAUCCUGAUCCGUUGCCAAUUAUGUACGUUGGCUUCUCAACGUGCUUUCGGAAAGAAGCUGGUUCACAUGGGCGAGACACAGCUGGUAUCUUCAGAACGCACGAGUUCGAAAAGGAAAUGCACGAAGAGAUGAUUAGAAACGCAGAAGAUUUCUACAAGGAGCUUGGCAUAGCAGGCAAUGUUGUCAAUGUUGUAUCCGGUGCUCUUAACAACUCUGCGGCGAAGAAGUAUGACCUAGAAGGAUGGUUUCCAGCAUCCAAAACCUACAGGGAACUAGUGUCACGCUCAAAUUGUACAGACUAUCAAGCAAGGAGGCUCGGAAUGACCUAUGGCCAGAGAAAGCAUGGUGAACAGUCCAACAAGUAUGUUCACACACUCAACUCUACACUGACCGCAACAGAGAGAACUCUCUGCUGUGUUCUGGAGACAUACCAGAGAGAGGAUGGUGUUCAGAUUCCGAAGGUGCUGCAACCAUAUAUGGAUGGGAUAGACUUCCUUCCAUUCAAAAAAACUCCGGAUGGCAAACAAGGUGGUCGCUUACGUUAA